UGGGAAUAUUCCUCUCACCCAAGCCCAGUGUUUGCACCAAUAAAGUCAGAUUGUUCUAGUCACCUGCUCCUUCCUGCACCACUGCCUGGCUGGAAUUUCCACUGGGAAGCAAGCAGGCCUGCAGGCUCUCGGCCUGUUCUCCAGCCUGUCAAAACAGACUCAACUUGGGGAAAUCAAUUACCAAUCAAAAUCAGAGCAGGAUGAUGAGAAGUAACACUUCCCCUCCCUCUCCUUCCUGGGCUCUCCAUCCUCCCUCCCAUCAUCACAAGGAGAUGAGGAAUGAGGGCCAUGGUCAGUUCAUCACAUGUUGUUUCUGUCCCUGCUCAGGAAGAGGGAUUGUAGUCCUUCCCCUGCUCCAGUGUGGGGUCCCUCCCACAGGAGCCAGUACUCCAUGAACUUCUCCAGCAUGAAUCCUUCCCACAGGCUGCAGUUAAAUCUUUUACCCCUGAGGUGUCACCUCCAUCUCUGCUGGGCUCAGCCUUGGCCAGCAGUGGGUGCAUCGUGGGGCUCGUGGCAUUGGUUCUGCUGGACACAGGGAAAGUUCUGGCAAUUUCUCACAAAGCCACCCCUGUAGCCCCCUUGGUGCUAAAACCUGGCCAUGCAAACCCAACACACUUGACACUGCACUGGGUGAUACAGGCCUCAUGGUGCUCUUGGGCCCUUGUGACACAGCAGGGCCUCAUGACACCAGGGGCCAUUGUGACACAGCAGCCUGUGGGGUGUUUAAGGAGCCCGCCGGGCUCCCCAGGACAGCUGUGGGAAAGGAGCCAUGGAGGAGCAGAACCCCAGUCUCCAGAGCCCCAAGGAGAGGCACCAGCUGAGAGGCAAAGGGACAGACCAACAGGAGGAUGACAGCAGGCAUAGCAGCACCCUGCCCAGGCAGUUGCCUCCAUCCGACAGCUCUUCUUCCUUCCGCCCACAGCUGCGGCAGCCUCAGGGCAGCAAGGGCCGGUCCGUGCAUUGGCUGACAGCUCCCCACAGCUCCCAGGGCCGGUCCAUGCCCCGACUGACACCGUCCCGCAGCUCCCAGGGCCGGUCCAUGUCCCGACUGACACCAUCCCGCAGCUCCCAGGGCACCCAGGGCCGGUCCAUGCCUCGGCUGACACCAUCCCGCAGCUCUCAGGGCACCCAGGGCCAGUCCAUGCCUCGGCUGACACCAUCCCGCAGCUCUCAGGGCACCCAGGGCCGGUCCAUGCCUCGGCUGACACCAUCCCGCAGCUCUCAGGGCACCCAGGGCCGGUCCAUGCCUCGGCUGACACCAUCCCGCAGCUCUCAGGGCACCCAGGGCCGGUCCAUGCCCCGACUGACACCAUCCCACAGCUCCCAGGGCAGCCAGAACCGCUCCCUACACCGGCUGACAUUGCCCUGCAGCAUCCAGGCCCGGUCCAUGCCCCGGCUGACACCGUCCCAGAGCUCCCAGACCCGGUCUGUGCCCCAACUGACAGCAUCCUGCAGCUCUCAAGGCCAGUCCCUGUACCGGUUGACAUCGCCCCACAGCUCCCAGGGCACCCAGGCCUGGUCUGUGACACGGCUGACACCGUACUGCAGCUCCCAGGGCUCCCAGGCCCGGUCCCUGCACCGGCUGACAUCGGCCCACAGCUCCCAGGGCACCCAGAACAGGUCUCUGCACCGGUUGACAUCGGCCCACAGCUCCCAGGGCUCCCAGGCCCAGUCCCUGCACCGGUUGACAUCGGCCCACAGCUCCCAGGGCAACCAGAACCGGUCUCUGCACCGGCUGACAUCGGCGCACAGCUCCCAGGGCAACCAGAACCAGUCCCUGCACCGGCUGACAUCGGCCCACAGCUCCCAGGCCCGGUCUGUGUCCCGCCUGACAUCAUCCUGCAGUUCCCAGAGCACUCAGGACUGGUCCCUGUCCCAGCUGACACCGUCCUGCAGCUCCCAGGACACCCAGAGUACCCAGGAUCAGUCUCUGUCCCAGCUGACGCCAUCCUGCAGCUCCCAGGACACCCAGGCCCAGUCCGUGUCCUGGGUGGCACCGUCCCGCAGCUCCCAGGCCCAGUCUGUGUCUUGGCUGACACCAUCCCACAGCACCCUGAGCUCGGGGGCCACCAAGAGCCAUCUCAGGCCGGACAAGGGGGGCCGGGAACAAGGCCUGCAGGGCUGCAAGUCCCGGCCUGGUGGCUCCUCGAAGGCGGCCACCCCGGCCCAGCAGCGGCCUGUGAGACGCCACUGGGCCUGCAGCAGCCCAGUGGGGCUGGAACCGGCCUCCACAAGGAAACCAACUCCCGGCCCACAGAGACAGGCCCCUCGCCGUGUGGAGCGAGUGGAUCAGGGAAUCCAGACUGACCCACAAGAGGAUUCACCUGUUCAGUACAUUGAGCAGGGGAUACAGACAGAUCCUGUAGCAGAAGACGAGAUAAAUUCAGCUGCUUCCCUCAUGGCUGACCAGAAGAUAAAGAUUGAAACUCCAACAAAAGAGAAUUCAGCUUCUCAAACCGCUAACAAGUGGACACAGACCCACAGCUUUGCCAUCUCUGCAGGCACUGAUGUCCUGGCUCACCAGCAGCCACCCUCCACGUCAGGCAGGGCAUUCUGGCGCUCCCACAUGGCUGGACAGCCUGGUGCUGCCACUGCCCUGCAGGAUCCCAGGGCCGGCCACUACUCCAGGCAGCCACCACACCCUGAGCGUGGCACACCUGAGAAGUGGGGAUGGACGGCACUGCCGCCCUACUCUUGGCCAUGGCUCAUUGAGAUGAACCAGUUUUAAUAAAAUAUUUCAUUUCUCUA